GGUUCCCCAGAGACUUCAUCUUCGCAAACUCCGUCUCUUCUCAGCGGCAGUUUCUUUGCUAGCCUAAGGCCAGGUCUUACCCGUACACCGCGGGGUUCAAGAAGACCUAACACUACUGCGACUCGCUGAGGGCCGGCUCUGGGUCGGCCCCAGCUCUACUCUCUAUACCUGUUUCUCUACUCGUACGAACUCUUUUCCUGCCAAGAUGUCUAUUGGUGUGCCGAUUAAAGUCCUACACGAGGCUGAGGGUCACAUCGUGACAUGUGAGACAAACACCGGCGAGGUGUAUCGUGGGAAGCUCAUUGAGGCGGAGGACAACAUGAACUGCCAGAUGUCCAACAUCACAGUCACAUACAGAGACGGCCGAGUGGCACAGCUGGAGCAGGUGUACAUCCGUGGCAGCAAGAUCCGCUUUCUCAUUUUGCCUGACAUGCUGAAAAAUGCACCCAUGUUAAAGAGCAUGAAAAAUAAAAACCAAGGCUCAGGGGCUGGCCGGGGAAAAGCUGCUAUUCUGAAGGCCCAAGUGGCUGCAAGAGGAAGAGGACGUGGAAUGGGGCGUGGAAACAUCUUCCAGAAGCGAAGAUAAAUUUAUCUGUUGAACUGAACUUUGUCAUUAUUUUUUCCCUUAGGUUGUCUGGGUUCAGGGGGGUGUAUGCUUAUGUAUAUGUUCUAGGUUUUCUUUUGACAUCUUUCUCUUUAGAGCAGAGGAAAUGUUAAACUAAAUAAAUAUGGUGGUGAUUGUU